AUGGCAGAUAACCGCUGUUUUUCUGGAGGCGGCGCUGGAGUGAAGAUGGAGCAUUUCCAGGCGGCGCUCGACCCCCGGAAACAGGAGCUCCUAGAGGCGCGCUUCCUGGGCGCUAGGGUGAGUGUCCCUAAAGAACCUAAAGAAAAAGAAAGCUAUGCCAUAACAAAUACCAAUAAUUCUGAUAUGUCAGCUGGAUCUCAGAUACAGAUGGCACCACAGUCAACAGUAAACACGACUCAACCCGUACAUAGCCAAGACUCCAAUAUGAGUACAGGUUCCUCUCAUAGCGACAAAGAGUUGGAUCCUAAUACUCCGGAAAAAAUACCUAGAACGCCCAGCGAAAGGAAGAGGAAACGGAAAGCGGAGGAUAGCGGCGGGGGAGGGGUGAUCGGGCUGCCCGUGGCGAAGGCGACUAUUAGAAAUCAAUCGACGGAGAAGAAAAUCAACGACUACAUGACCAAGCAUCCGGGAAAUAGCCAUAGUCCUAUCAGGCACGGCGGCGCGAAGAGCCCUUCGCCGCAACAACCCUACGCAAUGUUACCUCCGUCGCAACAACAAGUGGGGAUGUCGUCCCCGAAUGUUUGUAAUACUGUUCCUUUUGAAUAUUAUAAUAAACCACCGAUGAGGGUAACCCCACCGGCAACGUGUAGCAAAUUAAUACAGACUGAUUUAACAUGUCAUAGGAUACAAGAGUUCGAAACGCAAGCGUCUUCGGACUUAGAAAUCGCAAAUACUAAAAUAGACGAAUUAAAACGCGCCAAUGACGAUUUGAGGCAUCAAAUAUCGACGCAACAGAAGUCCAUAGACCAACAUAAGCAGCAAGUGAAUAAGUGUAUAGAGGUUGUUAAAAAACUGCUCAAAGAAAAAAGUUCGAUAGAGAAAAAGGAAGCGCGGCAAAAGUGCAUGCAAAAUAGGUUAAGAUUAGGACAGUUUGUGACGCAAAGGGUGGGCGCGACUUUUCAGGAAAAUUGGACUGACGGACACGCCUUUCAGGAAUUAGCGAGGCGACAAGAAGAAAUAACGGCGGAACGAGAAGAAAUAGAUAGGCAAAAGAAAUUAUUGUUAAAGAAGAGGCCAUCGAAUAACGAAAGCGGCCGGAAGCGGAACAAUUCGAACGCGUUGCACAACGGGACGGAUUCCGGUUUUCUGAAGCCGGACGCGGUGCCCGGUUCUCUCACAUUGCAGGAGUACUACGAAGCCGACGAAAUUCUCAAGUUGCGGCAGAACGCGCUCAAAAAGGAGGACGCCGAUCUCCAGCUCGAAAUGGAGAAAUUGGAAAGGGAACGGAACUUGCACAUCAGGGAGUUGAAACGUAUCCACAACGAGGACCAGAGUAGGUUUAAUAAUCACCCGGUGCUCAACGAUAGGUAUCUUCUGCUGAUGUUAUUAGGCAAAGGGGGUUUCAGUGAGGUGCACAAGGCGUUUGAUCUCAAAGAACAGAGGUACGUCGCCUGUAAGGUGCACCAAUUAAAUAAGGACUGGAAGGAAGACAAAAAAGCCAACUACAUAAAGCACGCGUUGAGGGAGUACAACAUACACAAGGCAUUAGAUCAUCCGCGAGUAGUUAAAUUGUAUGAUGUAUUCGAAAUAGACGCGAAUUCUUUUUGUACUGUACUAGAAUACUGUGAUGGACACGACCUUGAUUUUUACCUAAAGCAGCAUAAAACGAUACCCGAACGGGAGGCGAGGUCGAUCAUAAUGCAGGUCGUAUCGGCCCUGAAGUACCUGAACGAGAUCAAGCCGCCCGUCAUCCAUUACGAUCUGAAGCCGGGCAACAUACUGUUGACGGAAGGUAACGUUUGCGGUGAAAUCAAAAUCACGGAUUUCGGCCUUAGUAAAGUUAUGGACGAGGAGAACUACAACCCCGAUCACGGUAUGGACUUGACGUCGCAGGGCGCAGGAACAUACUGGUACCUUCCACCGGAGUGUUUCGUAGUCGGCAAGAACCCCCCGAAGAUUUCAUCGAAAGUUGACGUGUGGAGUAUAGGUGUGAUAUUUUAUCAGUGCUUGUACGGAAAGAAACCGUUUGGGCACAAUCAGUCGCAAGCGACAAUUUUAGAAGAAAAUACUAUAUUAAAGGCGACUGAAGUUCAGUUCGCCAAUAAGCCGGCCGUUACAAAUGAAGCGAAGAGCUUUAUUCGUAGUUGCCUGGCGUAUAGAAAGGAGGAUCGAAUCGAUGUCCUGUCGCUGGCGAGGCACGAAUACCUCCAACCGCCGAUGCCUAAGCAUUCGAGACUAACGUCGAAUCAACAACAGCAGCAGCAACAGCAGCAGCAACAACAACAACAACAAUCGGCAUCGUUUUCGACGGGUAUUUUCGGCGCCAUGAACGCAUCCUCAUCCUCCUAG